AUGUGUUUCGCUAAAAAGUACGCGCUCUUUCAGUGAAGGAGAACCAAAGUGUAUUGGGUUCAGAGUAAAAAGAGACACCCCAGCGAGUGAACGGAAGAAGACGAACGAUAGUGAAACGGACAGCUUCAAGAAGAAUGUGCACGAAUCGCCUGCGGCAUCGCCUGCUCCGGCGGCGGCGGCAGCAGCAGCUCCACCCCCUCCCCCUCCACCUCCACCACAGAAGCAGAAUCCGAAGGUCGGACCGUGGGUGCAAAGAGCGUUGAAUGAGGGAGUGCCGGCUCUGAUCGACGAGUUCAAGGGACUCGCCAAGUGGACUCCGGAGAACAUGACAACGGAGGCAUUUUCGGCAAACAAGGAUAAGAACAGGUACCAGGAUGUUCCGUGUCAGGACAAGGGCCGAAUCGUGCUCACCUUCCCCGGUCUCUCCUCCGAUUACAUCCACGCCAACUACCUCGGCACGGCGCACAAUCCGAAGCGCUUCAUCUGUGCCCAGGGACCACUCGAGAACACUCAGCACUCGUUCUGGGCGAUGGCUCUGCAGGAGAAGGUGGAGUGCAUCAUCAUGCUGUGCAACUGCAUCGAGCAGAUGAAAAUAAAGUGCCACCAGUAUUGGCCAAUCGAGAAGGACCAGAAGAUGAUGUUUGGAACGGCACCGAAUACUAUCAACGUGACGAACAUGGGCGCAAGAAGACUGGAGGGCGAAGAGACGUGCAUAAAUGUGACAACUCUCAAAGUGGAAUGGCCCGAGGGCAACCGCACAAUCCAGCACUUCCAGUGGGAGAACUGGCCGGACCGCGGAGUGCCCGCCACCAACCUCACUGCCAUCGUGAGUCGUUCCCUUCCUUCUCUCCCAUUCCACUCUUCCUUCAGAACCUGCUCUCCUCUGUUCGUGGAAAUCAGAAUCCCAUUCUCGUGCACUGCUCGGCCGGUAUUGGACGUACUGGAUCCAUCGUUUCGAUCGCCUACAUCCAGGACAAGAUGCAGGCCGGUGUACGUCAUCUAGCUUUCCUAACUGAUGUCCUAAGAUCCCAAUGUUUCAGGAGAAUUGCAUGGCCAUGAACGAACUGCUCAAGGAGCUCAGAUCUCAGCGUCCAUGGUCCAUUCAGAACGAAUUGGUCAGUUUUCAUCUCCGCAACCCUUCGCUAAUCAUUUUCUUUUCAGCAGUACCUGUACGUCCACCGUGUCCUGUUGGCCUAUUUCCUGGAGCGUCAUAAGACCGUUUACAAGGAUAUUCUCACUGAUGCUAACAAGGCCAAGUACGCGAAAUGGGUCGAAGACUACAAGACUGCCACGAACUCCAAGUAGAACUUCUGAAAGAUUAAUAAUGAAUACCCGAAUGAAACGCGUGUUUUUAAACGUUUUCCUUGAAACAAAUUGGAAUGGUUUACGUGUUCUGAAUAGAUAAAACGGGCGAAUACGAGGUCUCUGGGUGGGGAAAUUCAAUUUCAAACUUAUAUAGUGUCGUGAAAAGAAGACUGUGGUCAUAGUGAGUUCCCCACCUUGAAUCGCUUUCAGAUUUCGUUCGGUUCAGGUCUGAAGUAUCAGCAAAACAACGAAUGAUUGAGACUGUCAUCGGACUCUUUCCACUUGCCAUUCUAUCACUCUUGCUCAUUCAAUGCAAGUCCAAAAAGAAGGAAACGACAAAGGGCAGAAAAUUCGGCUCGACAUCGACGCCCAAAGAGACGACAUCACCUGUGCUGCCCAAGCUUGUUACGGCUCCGAAUGCAAAAGUGGCCGGAGAAGAAGAGAAAAAGGCGGAAACUGUGCAGAAAGUGGAGGAAGGAAAGGAAGCGAACAAGGAAGAAGCGGGCGAAAAGGGCACUCCGAACGGAAUGCCGUCUCCGAGGGGCGUGAAGAGUGAGAGAAAAGAGAAGAAAGAGGAGGGGAACGAGAAAAAAGACACGAAGUGUGAGUUAUGGGGAACCUCGGGGGGAGAAUCAUUGUAGGACCAUUUUCAGCGAAGGAAGACGAGAAGAAAAGUGAAGAGAAGAAAGAGGAAGAAAAGAAAGAAGAAGAGAAGAAAGAAGAAGGGAAGAAAGAAGAAGAUAAGAAGGAUACUGACAAGAAGAAAAAAGAGAAUGAAGAGGAGAAGGACAAAGAAGAAGUGCCGGAGGAGGAGAAGAAGAACAAGGAAGACUUCACCAAGUCGUGCCUCAACACGGAGCAGAAGGAGGUUAUCAAGAACGACGACACCCUCAGAGGCACUCGAUCCAUCGGCAAAUAG